AUGUCUAGCCAGAAUAACGCUCAAAUAACUAAACGGAAGGAAUUGACUCAAUCGACCAAAUGGGUCAUGAAAUUUCUUCCGAGUCUGCAAUUAUUGAGUACCGGUCCCAUGAACAGUUUCAACAGGAUCAUUGGAUGCGAAAUUGAGAUACCUAAAAGUACCAGCCAUUCUUCUUCCACACCGGUAUCAGAAAACAAGACAGACUUACUUGCUAUUGAGCGCCAACCCAUCCGUGCUUCGCCAAAGAUCCCGAACCCUCGGUGCAAAAGCCACAGAAUCGUUGGCCUUAUUCCUUUCUGCCUCGGAGGUGGUAUUAGUAUUUGGACUGGUACAAUCGAUUUCAGUUGCGAUCAAAUACUGACGGCAGAAAUCAUCACUGCCGAUGGUUCCCUUAUUCACGCGAGUACAGAUUACGGAGGAAGUGUGCAGGGUGAUGGAACGAUUAAUAGUCACCACGAAGCAUAA